AUGCAGGGAUUGGUGAAUGUUGCAGUGGCGGCAUUGUCUGCUGCUGUUGUUGUAAUGAUUCUGAUCGUGCUCAUCUGGAGAUUUUGUUAUUACAGAAGAGUUAAUCAAAUUACAGACACAACGAAGACGAAAGUGGAGAGCUUCCGAUCAGGGAUUGGAAAGGUUUCCAUGACCAAAUCCAAGGAUCGAGAUAGCUUCUCUGGUUUUAAUCAUCCAAAUAUCCAGAGUAGGGUGAGUUUCAGUGUUUUUCGACCUGGGAUUCCCCCAACUUCUUCAUUCAAUUGGGCUGAUCACCCUUGGCUUGUUUCAGAGGCUGUUGAGUAUGGUUGGUCUAGAUUCGGCUUCGCAGCCGAAGCUUCAUUGGGUUUAUGUCCUGCUGCGGAUAUAAGCUGGGAGGUGUGUGCAGAAUCGGUGGAUUUCAUGCAGAAGAUUAGAUUCAAUCCUGAAUUGAAGAGAAUCGAUAUGGGUACCCUUCCUUCGGGUCCUUCAUGCCUUAUCAAAUCUUCUCUGCCAUUGCCAGGACCUCCAUUUGAGAAUGGCUCCUUCCCUCAAGAAGCUUAUUUAGAGAUCACAAUUGUUUCUUGUCCUAACGAUGAAGUUGACUCUCUUCACAGCGUUAAGAGAAGCCCUGGUUCAGAGGAGCUGACGAAACUAAUUCCUCAGACUUCCAAUGUAAGUGUACAGUCAGACUCAUUAAUCCAUUUUACAGAAAUCAUUAAUGGCAGUGGAAGGGUUCAAGAACUUGGAAUUAAGGAAGGAGAAGGGCAGAACGAAAUCCCUAUGUUCUCUGUAGGGUUCAGCGUUGGUGGGUCUCUCCCAAGAGAACUCCCUGGAAACUAUCCUGGCUCCAUUGGAUUCAAUUCCAAUGGUUCUCUUUUCCUUGAUGGAAUGAAGCUCAUCUGUGAAUCUGUAAAAACAGAGUUGGAAAGCAGAGACAAAGUGAUUGGUUGUGGAUUUGAUCCAGCUCAGAAGAAGGUGUUCUUCACUGUAGAUUCAGAACUGGUUCAUGUAAUCAAUUGCAAAUCAGAGGAAUUUGGUUGCCCACUCUACCCAACUCUAGCUUCAAAUGUAGACAUUACAGUUAUAGUUAAUUUUGGACAGAGUGCUUUCAAGUAUUUACCAGCAAAUGCACACAGGACUCCAAACCCAUGUUUCAUUGCUCCUCCUGAAAAAGGUUCUGCAGCUGGUUAUGAAGAUAGCAGAGAUCUCUUCUCCAUGGCAAUAAUUGAUCCUCAAUGGCUUAAUUCCUCCAAGAAUGACAACAAUGGCGAUAACAUGCCGUCACCAGAUCGUAAAUGGGGAACCAAUAUGUCACCAGAUCGGAAAGGGGAAACUGAAACAACUGAGCUAUUCGAAAUAGCCUUUUCAGGUACAGCAGACCAACAUGCAAAUCGAUGAGCAAUGUUGGAACAUAUGAUGCUUUUAAUAAGUUCAUGAAUCAGAGAACUUAGAAUAAAUAAUCUAUAAAUUCUGAUUGAAUUCUAAACCAGAUCAGAUUCUGCUACACCAAGUGAAGUAGAUGAUGAAUUUGUUACAAAUUCUUUGGUAUGGUCUUGUCGAUUUUGAUGUUUGUUCGAAUCCGACAAUGCGGCCAAGCUUAUUAUUAGUUUUGAGGAUUUAAAGGUUCUAAAGAGAAGAUGAACUUGUUAAGAAGUCUUUCUCUCUCAAGGUAAGGAGCUGCUACAGUUGGUUUGAGAAUGGCUUCAUGUUAUUAAUCAAGUUGUAUUAGGAAUGCCGGCUGAUUUUUUCAGUUCUAAUUUAUGUUUUUUCAAUUUUCAACUCCUUGUAUAUAUUUUAGAUGUUUUCAAUGCCAAUCAAGUUGUAGACUUGUAGUUCUAUUUUCAAUACUUAACUAUUCUGAAACAAUGAAUGCAAUCAC